GUGUAAUGCUGCCCUUUGUUACAUAAAUACGUUUGGAGAUAUAAAAAACCAACAUCCUUUGCCUACAUCUUAACAUCGAACACUAUAUGUAAGACUAGGCAGUAUGGUCUAUUAUAAUUCUCUUUGGUAUGGUAGAAAGACUAUAGCUCGACCUCUGGAUAAAUUAAAAAAAACAUCGAACACUGCUUGACAGUUGACAUUUAUAUAAAUACAAAAUAGAAUGAAAUAGAAAUUAACCGAUUCUUUUAAUUGUAUUCCGGGAAGGCGACAUUAAGAAAAUAUAAUCCCGAAACGAAUAUUUAUAUUAACAAUAAAGACGCUGCAUUUUCGAAACUUACAUAAGUUUAAUAUUUCAAUUUGAAAGAUCGUAAUUAUUUAUUUAUAUACUAGCUACUAACUUACAAAAUUUGAAAUCUAAUGUUUGUUUUGUAAAAAAUAUAUAUUUUGCCAUAUAAAGAGGGUUACCCCGAAUAUUAUAACUUCACAGUACAGUUCUGUCUUGUAUUUUAGAAUGUCUAAUCUUCAGAAAAAGGAAAAAAGGUGGCUCAAACCAAUAUUUGAUUUUGAUAAUGAUGAACCUACUAAGAAGAGAGUGAAGACCGCCAGCCAUAAACAUCCUACCACAUCACCAGUAAAGAGUGCAAGCACAACUGAUAAAAGAAUUAUAAACAUUGAUCACAAAACAUGGAUGAAAAAUUUUGAUCCUGUGACUGUUGGAGAUUUGGCUGUUAACAAUAAAAAGGUUCAAGAAAUAGAAGAAUGGUUAAAAAUAGCUUGCAGUGGCAAUUGUGGCGAAAUAUUGCUUUUAACUGGUCCUGUAGGUUGUGGAAAAACAAUAACUAUACAGAUAUUAGCAAAACAACACAAUAUAAAAUUAACUGAGUGGAUAACUCCAAUUGAUAUAAGCUUGCCUUCUGAAUAUGGUGAUUAUGAAUAUAGAGAGAAGCAAUCAACAAAGUUUCUAGAUUUUAUAAUAAAUGCAGCUAACUUCACAUCACUUUUAGACAAUAAUAGUAAAAAAUUGGUAUUAGUUGAAGAUUUGCCUAAUACAUUUACAAGAACACCAUCAGAAUUUACAGAUGUAUUACAGCAAUUUAAACAAAGAGCAAAGUCCCCAAUAGUUUUUAUAUGCUCAGAAUCUCAUACAGAUAGUAAAAAUACCGGUGCAAAUCUGUUCACACCAAGUUUGAAGGAUCAGUUUAAAAUUCAUCAUAUUACGUUGAAUAGUAUUUCAGUGACAGGCUUAAGAUCGGCGUUGAAACGCGUAGCAGAAAUAAUAUACAAUAAACAUACAUCCGUGUACACUGUUCCUUCAUCAGAGAUGAUAGAUUGCAUUGUUAAUUCUUCAGCAGGGGAUGUGCGCUCUGCUGUCUUAAAUUUACAUUUUGCAUGUUUAAGAGGAUCACAACAGAGCAUGGAGACCAGCAUAGUUAUGGAAAAAGAAACUAAAACGAAAAGUAAUAAAAGGAAAAAACAAGCAUCUAGUAAAUUCACAUCAUUAGGAAAAGAUCAAACUGUAAGCAUUCUUCAUGGUGUUGGAAGAGUUUUGAAUCCUAAAAUGGUGUUAGAUGAUAAUGGAAAAUCAAAGCUUUCUCAUAGCCCUGAAGAAAUAAUUGAACAAUUUGUUAGUCAACCAAAUUCAUUUGUCAACUUUAUACAAGAGAAUUAUUUGCCUCAUUUUGCUUGUCCCUACCAAACUGAGAGAGCAGCAUCUAUACUAAGUGAUGCAGAUUUCAUGUUGGCUGAGUGGAGGGAAAAAAUGUGCCUAGAAUAUGGUUUGUAUGCUGCUGUUGCUGGAUUAAUGCUCGCCAACAGAACACCUGUGUCGGCCUGGAACCCUGUAAGGAGGCCAACUUAUUCGAAAAUACAAUAUCCGUUGCCCAGCGAGUUGCCUCUUUUACAAGAAAAUUAUUUGUACAAAGGAAAAGAACUUGUUUCUGAUUAUAAAACAUUUUGUAAAAUAAUUGGAACCAAUACAUAAUCCAAUAAAAGUUUAUAUUUUUGAA